AUGGCAAUGGAACAAUUGCGAUCAGAACUUAGUGCGACCAGGGAAGAGCUGAGGAAAAGUCUCGAGACGAUAUCCAAGCUAACCGCUGCUCGAUUGGCUGCCGAAGAGAUCAACGCCAGCCUUCAGGAGACUGCAUCGUCGUUGUCAGAUCAACUGAGUAAAAUCAAUACAGAGAAAGAAAACGCCAUUGCCGAGAAAGAGAGAGCAGAUGCCCUCUGUGGUGAGUGGAAAACGAAGCACGACGAGCUCAAGCGGCAGCUGGACUAUGGCGCUAGCACGAACAGCAUCAUGCAAAGGAUGGAAAUCGAUCGACUGACCACUCGAAAUGGUCUUCUUACGCAAAAACUUCAGGAUCUGGAGGCGGAGCAUCGACAAACAGAAUGA